AUGGCAGCUGGGAGUGCUCCCUCUCUAGAAACGCUCUCGGAACUCUGUCCAAAUUCAUUCGACCCAUGUUCACUUGAACCCCUAAAAACGUCUGCAUUCCUUGAUUAUCUGAUUAAGGCAGAGCCAGAUGCAUGCCUGCCCUUAUCCCUGCCUGAUCUGGAUAUACCCCUAGUUAAAUUUGAUGCAAAAAUCGGGCGAGACCUCGAAACGGGUGCUUUUGUGGUCGACAAGUCUGGCUCAUCAAUUUCUUACUCCUGCCCAACCCACCUAUUUGGCAAAGACGCAGACACCUUUGCAGAUUCAUCGGCCGACUUAGUACUGGGCGAAAUUCUUGCAAAACUGGCUCGAAAAUUUCCGACAGAUCAGAGCCUUUCCAAGAGUCUCCUUACGGACUGCCUUGGCGGCGGUGAAACGGGUCAUUCUUCUUCAAGACUCUCUACCGCUGAUGCAUUAGAGGAGUGCCUGUCUAUAGCCAACAAGGAUGCUUUAUCGCGUUUUCAGGUUGGAAGCACCGUUUCGGUACAGGCGUUGCCAGAAUCACAAGAAGAUUCCUCUACCACAGAAGAACCUUUUGUGCUAAAACAAAUGGACGCAUCGACUGAGGAACUUCUUCAAAAACGAAUGCGCAAGCCCGUAGAUGAUGUUAUAAACUACGCCGUCCAGGGAGCUACUUCCGAAAAGUUGCCACCAUUAAAGGAGUUGAUUCCAGAUCCAGCUUUCGAUUGGCCCUUCGAACUGGACACUUUUCAGAAGCAAGCGAUUUUAUGCUUGGAACGGAACGAGUCCGUCUUGGUGGCAGCGCACACGUCAGCUGGUAAGACGGUAGUGGCUGAGUAUGCCUGUGCUCUCUGCAAGCGCCGCGGCUCUCGCGCCAUCUACACUAGCCCCAUCAAGGCCCUUUCAAAUCAGAAGUUUCGGGAUUUUAGGUCAGUCAUCUGCCUUCUUCCUACCCUCCCCUCCCCACACCAAUCCAUUAGCUUUUUAUCUAAAGGCUAUGCAUCGCAGAAUUUUAUAAUCUACAUUUAUUACUAUCUUGUUAUUUGGCUGGCCCUCACUCAGCCCAAUUCUCUGCCGUAUGCAUACAUUGACCUACAUGACAGCCGGUAUUUCGUGCAAAAUGCCGAAAUUUGCGAAAUAUUGGUAAUCACUCACAAACCGGCAUUAAGUACUGUUGUAAUAUUGCUUAUCGUGCAGCCUAAUCUCAAUUAUUUUCGGUCACGGCAGGAUGCCGGAUAUUUAACGAGCUUCUUUCUGAUCGCUUACAAAAAAUACAUUGUGUAG